AUGAGUGACAGCCCUUCCCUGAGUCUUCCAGCACCAAGCCAAGGUCCUACUACCCCACGUAAAGGGCCCCCCAAGUUCAAGCAGAGGCAGACUCGACAGUUCAAGAGCAAGCCUCCCAAGAAAGGGGUGAAAGGGUUUGGAGAUGACAUCCCAGGCAUGGAGGGGCUAGGAACAGAUAUCACGGUGAUCUGUCCCUGGGAAGCGUUCAGCCACCUGGAACUGCAUGAGCUUGCUCAGUUCGGGAUUAUAUGA